AUGAAGACAAAAAUCACAAUGGAUCGCAACGGCUGCUUAUUUGAUUGCUCUGAUGCUCAGUUGCACGAAACCAAGCUUGCAAGUGGCAGUGAGUUGAGUGACAAAUUUUGGGACCACCUCAAAGGUGCCCAUCAGUGCCUUCGCGAUUAUCGUCGCUACAACGAUCCAACAAAGCCCGAUAGACGGGUCAAAAUUGCAAUCCUUGACAGCGGUGCCGACUUGAGCCAUCCAAAGAUUAGACAUCAAAUCGACGAGAUCGAAGAAUACAACCCGGAGCCAGUGGUCUUACACAGCUUUGUGGACCUAGAUGGUAGUCCAGACCCUCUUGGCCAUGGCACUCAUAUCACUUCCACAAUCCUAUCUAUUGCAAGCGGUGCAAAGCUCUUUGUGGGACGUGUCGUCGGAAAAGAUAAGAAGGUGGAUCCUGAGGCCUUAGCAGAGGCUAUAAAUCACGCAGUUGAAACCUGGGAGGUAGAUAUCAUAUCAUUAUCUCUUGGGUUCCCAAGGCCAUCAGAGGAUUUGACCAAAUCAAUUCGAAAUGCGCUUCAUAAAGAGAAGCUCAUAUUCGCCGCGGUAUCAAACAACGGGGGGGCUUUGCCAAUUGGCAUAUCAUGGCCAGCACGGGAGACCAAGGUCUUUGGAGUAUUUUCUUCCAAUUUUCACGGAGAAAGAUCGGAAUUCAACCCCAACGUAAAUGACGAUGACACGUUUUCCCGAUACAAGUUUCUCGGCGAGGCUGUAAAAUCAGCGUGGCUAAAUUGCGAAGAAAGGCGGAUGACCGGCACGUCGGUUGCAACACCAAUAGCGGCAUCUACUGCAGCAUUAUUCCUCGAAUAUAUUAGAGGGAAUAUGGUGGCAACACAUGACAUCACAAGCAUGGCUGAAAUUGAGCGUUGUGCAAGGAUGCCAGAUGGCAUGCGCCGGAUAUUUGCCCUAGCGGGAAAAACGAGAGAAACUCAUGAGUUUCUUAGAUACGUUACUCCCUGGUCUCUUCUUGACCAUGAGAAUCAGCGCUUUAUAAUUAAUAGGGUUGAUCAGUCCCUGUUGGAUCUGCAGUUGGUCGACUACGAUAAGAAGUUCGCAAGCCUCGAAAAGGACAGCAGCUCUGUUCGCGGUUUUCUGUCGGAUCAGAAGAAGAGACUGGAUAGCAACCAGAAAACGUUUGAAAACGCCAAAUCUGAGCUGAGAACUCAUGUCCUAAGCAUCUUGGGUGUCACAGUUCUUGGAGCUGGCUCUGUGGAUGUGGCUUUUCCGCUGGCUAAGUGGGUAACUGGUCCCCUGGCUCUCGGAGCGAUAUGGUGGCUUCUUUCUUCUGCAAGAGAUAGUCAAAGUACAAUCUUGACAGAUUUCAAAGAACGAGCGACAGAUGUUAAGCCGACAAUUGGGGAGGCCAUCCAGCUGAGCGAUAAGAAUAAAUCCGAGGGUGACAGGGUGAUGAAUGAGUUACUCAAUCUCCUGGCACGUAUUAUUGAACAUCAUGAGAGCCACACGCAAGUCCCAAAGCCGGAAUCACAUCAGCUGGAAGAGAAGUUGAUGCAAUUGGAACUCCACAUCAUACAAGAAACUGUACUUCAUCGUGCUUCGUCUACGUCACAGAAUGCACAAGUGCAAGAUCUCAUGGUGAAACUCGAAAAAUUGGUCAAUGAAGGUACAGGAAAAGGGCUCUUUGGGGAAGAAUGCGAGCAUAAUGAACUAGCUAAAAGCGCAAUGGAAGUACUCAAUCGGGCAAUAGGAGUUGUCUUGACGGCACAACAAGCUCAGAAAGAGAUCGAUGAAGUCACAAAACAAAUGGAGUCACAAGAGCUGAAAGCGAGCGCGGACCUAGCUGAGAAGAAGAAAAAGGAAAAUGGGGGUAAACUGGAAUGGCUUUAUUGGUUCUUGCUCUGGGUCGGGAUCACUGGAGUUGUACUAGUACUAGUUAUGGCUAUUGUCGCAGCUUAA